AAAGCCCUAAGGACAAAACCGGCAUAAAAAAUAAUUAUAAAAUUAGGGUUUCAUCUCGUAUAUAGCCUCCUUGCCUCAACAUCCAACUCCGACUUUCAGAGACAACUCGCAGCCUCCAGCACGCAGCAAGCAACAAGCAAAAAGCAAAAUGCCGAAGCAGAUCCAUGAGAUUAAGGAUUUCCUUCUAACCGCAAGAAGGAAGGAUGCCCGCAAUGUCAAAAUCAAGAGGACCAAGGAUGCUGUCAAGUUCAAGGUUCGGUGCUCCAAGUACCUUUACACACUUUGUGUGUUUGAUUCCGAGAAGGCCAACAAGUUGAAGCAAUCUCUUCCUCCAGGUUUGAACGUUCAGGAUCUUUGAACCAGGAUUUUGGAGUGGCUCGUCGGCACAUUCUAGUGAAUGUAGCAAUGGAAUGAAAUCUAAUUUUGCUUGUACUUUGAAAGAUUUUUAUGGCCGGAUGAUGUUGGUGUUAGAUGUUAUAACUCCGAGAUGUUUGUGGUUAAUGUGUGUUGACUUGAGUUAAUUGUUUAGAUGUUUUGGUUAUGGAUCCAUCGGGUUUGCGUU